AUGCUACACUCACUUUCGUCCGUCUUGUUGCUGCUCUUGGCCUCUGAGGCAGCAACGGGCGUGAUUGCGGUCGCUGCCAGUUCUGAUGCCUCUAUCGCUCCAGAUGCACCUGCGGCGGAGGGCAUGAAACCGUCGAAAUCGAAACCAUCACAUGUCGAUCCACCCACUGGCAAGCCUUCUGAACCUCCGGAGUCGGAGCGACCAACCUCAAAGCCUCCAAGUUCGAAGCCGCCUACGUCGGCUCCACCUACUUCUCAACCUCCAAGUUCGAAGCCACCUACAUCUCAGCCGCCAAGUUCUGGUCCACCUACUUCGAAGCCACCUACGUCGGCUCCACCUACGUCGGCUCCACCUACUUCGAAGCCGCCUACAUCUGGUCCACCAACUUCUCAACCUCCAAGUUCGAAGCCUCCUACAUCUCAACCUCCAAGUUCGAAGCCUCCUACAUCAGGUCCACCUACUUCUCAACCUCCAAGUUCGAAACCACCUACAUCUCAGCCGCCAACUUCUGGUCCACCUACUUCGAAGCCACCUACGUCGGCUCCACCAACUUCUCAGCCUCCAAGUUCGAAGCCGCCUACCUCUCAGCCGCCAACUUCUGGUCCAUCCACUUCCAAACCACCUACUUCCGGUCCAUCCACUUCGAAGCCACCAACGUCUGGUCCGCCAACAUCAGGUCCACCCACUUCUAAACCACCAACGUCUGGUCCAUCUACUUCGAAGCCAUCAACAUCUGGUCCGCCAACUUCGAAGCCACCUACGUCCGGGCCGCCAACCUCUAAACCACCUACUUCUGGUCCAUCCACUUCGAAGCCACCAACGUCUGGUCCGCCAACAUCAGGUCCACCUACUUCUAAACCACCAACGUCUGGUCCAUCCACUUCGAAGCCACCUACGUCUGGUCCUCCAACAUCUGGUCCGCCAACUUCGAAGCCACCUACGUCUGGUCCUCCAACAUCUGGUCCGCCAACUUCGAAGCCACCUACUUCCGGUCCGCCAACUUCGAAGCCACCUACUUCUAAACCACCAACGUCUGGUCCUCCAACAUCUGGUCCGCCAACUUCGAAGCCACCUACUUCUAAACCACCAACGUCUGGUCCUCCAACAUCUGGUCCGCCAACUUCGAAGCCACCUACUUCCGGUCCGCCAACCUCUAAACCACCUACUUCCGGUCCGCCAACCUCUAAACCACCAACGUCUGGUCCUCCAACGUCCGGUCCAUCCACUUCUAAACCACCAACGUCUGGUCCUCCAACUUCGAAGCCACCUACUUCCGGUCCGCCAACUUCGAAGCCACCAACGUCUGGUCCUCCAACUUCGAAGCCACCUACUUCCGGUCCGCCAACUUCGAAGCCACCUACUUCUAAACCACCUACUUCUGGUCCAUCCACUUCGAAGCCACCAACGUCUGGUCCUCCAACUUCGAAGCCACCUACUUCCGGUCCGCCAACUUCGAAGCCACCAACGUCUGGUCCUCCAACUUCGAAGCCACCUACUUCCGGUCCGCCAACUUCGAAGCCACCUACUUCUAAACCACCAACGUCUGGUCCAUCCACUUCGAAGCCACCUACUUCCGGUCCUCCAACAUCUGGUCCGCCAACUUCGAAGCCACCUACUUCUAAACCACCAACGUCUGGUCCUCCAACAUCUGGUCCGCCAACUUCGAAGCCACCUACUUCCGGUCCGCCAACUUCGAAGCCACCUACUUCUAAACCACCAACGUCUGGUCCUCCAACAUCUGGUCCGCCAACUUCGAAGCCACCUACUUCUAAACCACCAACGUCUGGUCCUCCAACAUCUGGUCCGCCAACUUCGAAGCCACCUACUUCCGGUCCGCCAACCUCUAAACCACCUACUUCCGGUCCGCCAACCUCUAAACCACCAACGUCUGGUCCUCCAACGUCCGGUCCAUCCACUUCUAAACCACCAACGUCUGGUCCUCCAACAUCUGGUCCGCCAACUUCGAAGCCACCUACUUCCGGUCCAUCUACUUCGAAGCCACCUACUUCCGGUCCGCCAACCUCUAAACCACCUACUUCUGGUCCAUCCACUUCUCAACUUCCAAGUUCGAAGCCUCCUACGUCAGGCCCACCUACUUCUAAACCGCUUACUUCUGGUCCUCCGACAUCAGUUCCUCCAACUUCAAAGCCUUCUACAUCGGGUGCACCAACCUCGAAGCCUCCUACGUCAGGCUCAUCUACCUUGAAACCAAGUGGGUCCUCCAACUCCAUCGUCCCACCUUCCUACACAACAAGCACCAUCACCACUACCGUCAGCGGCGUUACUACCGUUUACACCACCACUUGCCCAUUGACCUUGAGCACUGUCACUACCACUGUCAGUGGCACCAAGAGCAUCUACACCACUCUGUGUCCCAUCACAACCACACCUGCCUACACGACAAGCACCGUCACCACUACCGUCAGUGGCAUUCCUACCGUUUACACCACCACUUGCCCAUUGACCUUGAGCACUGUCACUACCACUGUCAGUGGUACCAAGAGCAUCUACACCACUCUGUGUCCGAUCACAACCACACCUGCCUACACGACAAGCACCGUCACCACUACUGUCAGUGGCAUUCCUACCGUUUACACCACCACUUGCCCAUUGACCUUGAGCACUGUCACUACCACUGUCAGUGGUACCAAGAGCAUCUACACCACUCUGUGUCCGAUCACAACCACACCUGCCUACACGACAAGCACCGUCACCACUACUGUCAGUGGCAUUCCUACCGUUUACACCACCACUUGCCCAUUGACCUUGAGCACUGUCACCACCACUGUCAGUGGCACCAAGAGCAUCUACACCACUCUGUGUCCGAUCACAACCACACCUGCCUACACGACAAGCACCGUCACCACUACUGUCAGUGGCAUUCCUACCGUUUACACCACCACUUGCCCAUUGACCUUGAGCACUGUCACCACCACUGUCAGUGGCACCAAGAGCAUCUACACCACUCUGUGUCCCAUCACAACCACACCUCCAAAGGUGACAAUAAGUGGCACUACGGUCAUCAACGGAUUGACCACUCUCUACACCACCAUCUGUCCUUAUUCUACCACGGUACGUGUCGAAGGUGGCAAAGUUGAGACCCUCACAACCACAUACCAGCCAUGGGUCCCAUAUGCAACCGUCCAGAACGGCGACACGGUCACCGUCACCAAAGAGUGUACCGAGUGCCGCCCACAAACCACCACCUACUAUUCGACCGAGGGUGCACAGACCCACACCUACACCAAAGUAUAUGUCCCAGCGACAACCUACCUGACUGUUGAAGGCGGCACCACCAUAUAUACCAGCACCAAAGGCACUCCGCAGACUUCUACCUAUCUGACGACCACUGGCGGUGUGACCAAGGUCUCGACCAUCCUCUACACCGAGGCCCCACCUACCACUGCUCCCGCUAGCACAACUGCAAGCGUUGCUACCCCUGCCAGUCAGAGUUCCACAUCCCAAGCAACCAUUUUCCAGGGCAUCGCUAACAAACUAGGCGCUGGUCUGUCCGGUUUGGCUCUAGCCGCCCCACUGCUCCUCCUAUGA